AUGUCCAACCCAGUGCUUUCACCGGUUGAUAAUAGUGUUGAAGAUGUGUAUAUCCAGGACAUACCUCGGAUUGGCAUGACUAUUGAAUCUGAAAAUGCUGCAUAUUGCUUUUAUAAUCAGUAUGGUAGAAAUGUUGGUUUUAGUAUUAGGAGAGAUCAUGCACAUAGGAGCAAGGAAGAUCCGACAAUCAUUAAACAGAGGAGAUUUGUAUGUAAUAAGCAUGGACGUCGAAAAAUGGAUAAGAGAGAUAUAAACACGAAGGAGCCUCGUGCAAAAACCAUAACUGAUUGUCUUGUAAGAAUGUGUAUAUCUAGGGUGAAAGAUGGUCAAUAUGAAUGUAAAGAUUUUUUUGAUGACCACAACCAUGAAUUGCAUACAGAAGCUACUUCUCAUUUGAUGCGGUCUCAAUGCCAAAUCUCAAAUAUAGUUGCACACGGAAUAGAUUUGGCUGAUGAUUCCGGUAUGAGGCCCAAGGCCACUUUUGAUUUGAUGGGCAUGCAAGUUGGUGGUAGCGAAAACCUAGGUUGCACUAGGGUAGAUCUGAAUAAUUACCUUCGAACCAAACAUCAGCAUGAUCUAGCCUUUGGUGAAGCUGGGAGUUUGCUAGCAUAUUUUGAAAAUCAGACAAGGAACAACCCAUCAUUUACAUACUCUUUGCAACUGGAUAAUGGAGAACAGAUAACAAACAUAUUUUGGGCAGAUCCGAGGAUGCUCAUUGAUUAUGCAGUGUUUGGUGAUGUUGUUAUCUUUGACACUACGUUUUGCACAAACAAAGAGUAUAGGCCAUUUGGGAUUUUUGCAGGAUUCAACCAUCAUAGGGGUGCGACCAUAUUCGGAGCUACAAUACUAUAUGAUGAGACAGUUCCUUCCUUCAAAUGGUUGUUUGAGACAUUUUUGGAGACUCAUGGACAGAAGAAGCCCAAAACCAUUUUUACUGAUCAAGAUGCUGCAAUGUCAAGGGCAAUAGCUGAGGUUUUACCUGAAACAUGGCAUGGAUUGUGUAUCUGGCACCUAAUGUAG